AUGGCGUCAAAUACGAACCAGGUCAUGCCAGGGGAGCCUGCGAAAGCGGAUGUCGCAUUGUUGGAGUCCUUGCGCACUAGGCUGAUGUCGCUGGUCUGGAUCCUUGAGCAGAUGAAGAAAGAGCUCAUCGCGAACCAGACAGCGCCGCCGGACUGGCCUUCCAUCCAGCGUAGCAUCGCUGCUGUCAGCAGCACCAUAACCUCCAUUCAAUCCUUUAUCAAUAAAGACCCGGAAACCCUCUCCACCUUCCGCGCCCUCCACUCCUUUCCCAUCCCGCCCUUUCCCACCGCAGACCCGCAACUCGGCCCUCUGAUCGACACCAUAUUCUCCAAGGAGCCAGGUACAAAAGAGAAAGACUGGAUCCUCGCAAAGCUGACCAAGGCCGCGGAGUUCGCGCACGUGCCCGGUGACUGGGGCAUCGAGGCUAAGAGGCCGGCUCAAGAGGAUGACGAGAAGAUGGACGAGGGGGAGGAGGGGAGGGCGAAGUUGAGGAGGGUCAAGGCGGACUUGGACGAGGAUCAGCUGGCGGCGUUGUGGAAGGAUGUCUAUGAUAUCGCGGAGGAGGCGGCGGAUGACGCGACCAAUCAACAGGAGCAGGGUGGCGAGUCUGGCGACGAGGAGGAUGAAGAUAUGGAGGAUGUAGUGGGGACUGAGACGGGGUCACCGGCGCAGGAUGCAGUGGUCGAGCAGAAGAAGGCCAAGGAGGAGCAGCCUAUGAUGUCGCUCGACACAAUUCAUAGGUUCACAUCUACGGGCUCGACGUUUCGGUAG